UACGUAGUCUGAGUAAGCCGAGGUCAUGAGCCGUGGUAUAAUGUGGAAAGGGUAGAGAGGCUUUCACUUUUUAAGCAUAGUGUGUAGCGACAACGCGAAUCAUACACGAUUACAGUAUUUUACACGACACUAGUAUAUUAAGUACAAGGCUUAUACUAUCGCAGUCUAUUUAAAGAUCAAUAAAGUCUGCUCAAAGUUGUGGUCUGUACUAAGUGCGAAAUGGGCAAAACAGUUCCACGGGAAUCGUGGGCACCAUCAGUCUGUUAGUUAACACCGUUCCGGUUAAAUUGUGUUUUUAGACUUAAUUAAGGUGUUUUGUGGCCCGGGGUUGUGUGAUGGCGUUGAUGGAGGCGGGGAACACACCUCACACUCCCCGUGGUCCAGUCUGUACUUAUGAUCGUCCCAGGAUAGCCUCACCUUUAGUGCUUGAAAUGCAGGAAUGGUUCCGCGCGAACGGCAAAACGCGGGAAUUCUCGGCGCACAGCGCUAAGGUGCACUCUGUGGCGUGGAGCAGCGAUGGACGCCGACUGGCAUCGGGAUCUUUCGAUAAAACAGCCAGUGUGUUCGUACUAGACAAAGAUCGACUGGUGAAGGAGAACAAUUACCGGGGACAUGGUGAUAGCGUAGACCAGCUGUGUUGGCACCCUUUCAAUCCAGACCUUUUUGUUACUGCAUCGGGGGACAAAACAAUCCGUAUCUGGGAUGUCAGAUCUGGAAAAUGUGUCGCCCCUGUGAACACUAAAGGAGAGAACAUUAAUAUCUGCUGGAGUCCUGAUGGACAGACUAUUGCGGUUGGGAAUAAGGAUGAUGUGGUAACCUUCAUUGAUGCAAAAACCUAUCGAUCCCGUGCAGAAGAGCAGUUCAAAUUUGAAGUGAAUGAAAUCUCAUGGAACAACGAUAACAGCAUGUUCUUCCUUACGAAUGGCAAUGGUUGCAUCAAUAUUCUCAGUUAUCCUGAGCUAAAGCCAGUGCAGUCCAUCAAUGCUCACCCUUCCAACUGUAUCUGCAUCAAAUUUGACCCCACAGGAAAGUAUUUUGCAACAGGGAGUGCAGAUGCCUUGGUCAGCCUGUGGGAUGUGGACGAGCUGGUGUGUGUGCGGUGCUUCUCAAGACUUGACUGGCCAGUGAGGACCCUGAGUUUCAGUCAUGAUGGCAAAAUGUUGGCAUCUGCUUCGGAAGACCAUUUUAUUGAUAUCGCUGAAGUGGAAACAGGUGACAAACUCUGGGAAGUGCAGUGCGAGUCUCCAACUUUCACCGUUGCCUGGCAUCCCAAAAGACCACUUUUAGCCUUUGCGUGUGAUGACAAGGACACGAAGUAUGACAGCAACAGAGAAGCUGGAACUGUUAAAUUAUUUGGACUUCCAAAUGACUAACUGCAUUAAACUGAAUGCUUCUUUGAGUUUGGAGAAGGAGCUGCCACUCUGACUUUGUUACAAGGGAUGCUUUUUUUUUUUGUUUUGUUUUUACUGUAACCUGCAUUCAUAUCAUAUUGAACAAUUCAUGUCUGCUAAAACUAUUUAGUGCUACCAUUUAAACAUCCAUUCCUGAGAGAACUCCUCUCAUCAGUCUGUGGACUGUGUAAGUAAAGUGUAUUUUGUAGGCUUUUUGCCCUGACAUAGCUGGGUGGUUGCCUGAAUAUGCAGUUUUUCUGUCAUGUUAGCACAUGCCUUCAACCUGUUGGUUUCAACAUCUGCGCUGCAGUUUUUUGAAUGCACGAGUAGUAAUUAACAGCGCACUGUUUCCCAAGCUGAAAGUGUUUCCCCCCUUUUAAAGCAGAAUAUUAUUUAAUGCACCAUUGAUGGAGACCCCAUGUCUGAGUGUUUGGGUUUAUGGCCUCUACCUCAUUUUUAAAGCUAGUUGCAGAAGAAGAGAGAACUCGAGACAGCUACAGAAUUAGCAAGUACAUUUUAGGGUUUGAUUGUAGAAUUUCAUUCUUGACAGAAGAGUAAUUUAACAUUUCUGAUCUUCUAGGCAUGAAAAAGAACAAGGCUUUCAGAAGUGCCACAGUGUGUAAAUACCACUUUGGAAGUGAAUUUUGACAGCAUUGUUUACAUCUGUAAACUAAUGGAGUUGGGAGGAAUAAAUUAACUUUGUUAGUAGAUAGUGGGAGGUUAACCAUGUAUUACAUUUCAUUGUGUUUGAUGUGUCUUGGCUUUUGUAGUGCCGGGAUCCUGGAGAUAAGAUAGUGGGUAUCUAAUUUUGCUGUACAUUGUGCAUUUCUUGAGUAAUUGAUUCUGUUCCUUUUAUUACUGUUUGAAAUAGUUGUGUGAUUAUUUUAAAUCAUCGAUUAUGUAAGAGACUCCUCUCCAAGAAUACAAUGUUAGGUAUGCCA